GUUACUAGCAGGGCUGGAGGCGGGGGCCGGGCUCCCACUGGGCUCGUGCGUUCUGCGCCCGCCGCGGCGGUGCAGAGCCCGCUGGCUCCCGAUUGUCCUCUGCGGCGGUGGCGGUCGCUGCCUCCUUGCCUUGGGGCCCGGGGCUGCAGGGGCCAGAGCGAGUGCGCCUCCUGCCCGCCGACCGCGGCUGCCCAGAGCAGAAACGCUUACAAAAUAUACAGAUCUUGGUAGACAACGUGGCUGCAGGCUGUUGAAUUGGAAUUCCCUGUGGCUGUCUGAGGGCAGGGUGUCUGGAGAGCCGUCGGCUGACCUGUUCCUACACCUUGCAUCAUGCCAGCUUUGUCAACAGGAUCUGGGAGUGACACCGGUCUGUAUGAGCUGUUGGCUGCUCUGCCAGCCCAGCUGCAGCCACAUGUGGAUAGCCAGGAAGACCUGACCUUCCUCUGGGAUAUGUUUGGUGAAAAAAGCCUGCAUUCAUUGGUAAAGAUUCAUGAAAAACUACACUACUAUGAGAAGCAGAGUCCGGUGCCCAUUCUCCAUGGUGCGGCAGCCUUGGCCGAUGACCUGGCCGAAGAGCUUCAGAACAAGCCAUUAAACAGUGAGAUCAGAGAGCUGUUGAAACUACUGUCAAAACCCAGUGUGAAGGCUUUGCUCUCUGUACAUGAUACUGUGGCUCAGAAGAAUUACGACCCUGUGUUGCCUCCUAUGCCUGAAGAUAUUGAUGAUGAGGAAGACUCAGUAAAAAUAAUCCGUCUGGUCAAAAAUAGAGAACCACUGGGAGCUACCAUUAAGAAGGAUGAGCAGACUGGGGCAAUCACUGUGGCCAGAAUCAUGAGAGGAGGAGCUGCAGAUAGAAGUGGUCUUAUUCACGUUGGUGAUGAACUUAGGGAAGUGAACGGGAUACCAGUGGAGGAUAAAAGGCCUGAGGAAAUAAUACAGAUUUUGGCUCAGUCUCAGGGAGCAAUUACAUUUAAGAUUAUACCCGGCAUCAAAGAGGAGACACCAUCAAAAGAAGGCAAGAUGUUUAUCAAAGCCCUCUUUGACUAUAAUCCUAAUGAGGAUAAGGCAAUUCCAUGUAAGGAAGCUGGGCUUUCUUUCAAAAAGGGAGAUAUUCUUCAGAUUAUGAGCCAAGAUGAUGCAACUUGGUGGCAAGCAAAACACGAAGGUGAUGCCAACCCCAGGGCAGGCUUGAUCCCCUCAAAGCAUUUCCAGGAAAGGAGACUGGCUCUGAGACGACCAGAAAUAUUGGUUCAGCCCCUGAAAGUUUCCAACAGGAAAUCAUCUGGUUUUAGAAGAAGUUUUCGUCUUAGUAGAAAAGAUAAGAAAACAAAUAAGUCCAUGUAUGAAUGCAAGAAGAGUGAUCAGUACGACACAGCUGACGUGCCCACGUAUGAAGAAGUGACACCGUAUCGGCGACAAACUAAUGAGAAAUACAGACUCGUUGUCUUGGUUGGUCCUGUGGGAGUAGGGCUGAAUGAACUGAAACGAAAGCUGCUGAUCAGUGACACCCAGCACUAUGGCGUGACAGUGCCCCAUACUACCAGAGCAAGAAGAAGCCAGGAGAGUGAUGGUGUUGAAUACAUUUUCAUUUCCAAGCAUUUGUUUGAGACAGAUGUACAAAAUAACAAGUUUAUUGAAUAUGGAGAAUAUAAAAACAACUAUUACGGCACAAGCAUAGACUCAGUUCGGUCUGUCCUUGCUAAAAACAAAGUUUGUUUGUUGGAUGUUCAGCCUCAUACAGUGAAGCAUUUAAGGACACUAGAAUUUAAGCCCUAUGUGAUAUUUAUAAAGCCUCCAUCAAUAGAGCGUUUGAGAGAAACAAGAAAAAAUGCAAAGAUUAUUUCAAGCAGAGAUGACCAAGGUGCUGCAAAGCCCUUCACAGAAGAAGAUUUUCAAGAAAUGAUUAAAUCUGCACAGAUAAUGGAAAGUCAAUAUGGUCAUCUUUUUGACAAAAUUAUAAUAAAUGAUGACCUCACCAUGGCAUUCAAUGAGCUCAAAACAACUUUUGACAAAUUAGAGACAGAGACCCAUUGGGUACCAGUGAGCUGGUUACAUUCAUAACUAAGAGAAAUUUCCAUAAUCGUCUUUUUUUAUAGAGUGCAUGAUGAAAUCAGUUACUGUUUUGGUAGUAGGGUUUUUAAAUCUAUAUCACUGUCAUAGAUGUACAAUCUUGAUUCAAGUUGAAUGCUGGUUUUGUUUGUACAUUUUUACAGCCUUAUUUCAAACACCAUGUGUGAGUAUAAGAUCGGAAAUCAAAAUGUGCACGGUACUGUAUUCUAAGCAAAACCUCCAACUUUCUGGUUGUCUUUAAUACAGCUCUAUCUCCAAGAUGAGGCUGAAAUUUUCAGAGAGACCUGGCUAGAGGCUUAGUAUGUAUUGGAAUUCAGCGCUUCUGCUGGUCUCCGGUGUGGCUGCUGCCGUUGAGUUUGAAUGUUAGCUGUUGAAGGUAUCAAUUCAGCAGCCAUGAGCAGCUUCAGACAGACAGGUCAGCUUUGCUGUUUCUGGGUGGAUCAUCACAGAUUUAGCCGGGCAGGCAGUAAGGCGUCCUCCUACUAUUCAAAAAGUAUAGACUUUUUCUUACAUAUUCACGAUAUGUUCACAGUGUGUGCAUUUUAAAAUAAUUCUUAAAGGAGUAACUGAAAUUUUACCUUGAGUGAAUGACCUUCAUAAUAUAGCUUGAGGAGUCCUUUUGAGUACCUGUCAGUGACUCAACAAACAUUUAAUAAGGGAAAGUAGACUUUAAACAGUUAUUGUAUAUGUAACUAAAAGCCUUUCCUUGUGGGAUUAAUAUUAGAAUGGUAGUCUUGUGGCAAGAAAUGAUUACAAAGGAUAUUUUUAUUUGUAAAUCCCCAGAAGACAAUUUAUGAAGUCACCCAAAAUGUUAUUUUAGCUGGUUUUGGAUUUUUCCAAUAAAUUAGAAGGAUUUCUAUUCUAAAACAUGUAAAACAUGUUUUACGUAUUACUGAUACAAUUAAAGAUUAUUUUUCAUCUAUGUGCAAUAGAUCACCCCUCUCUUUAAAUUGCUCUGAGAUAUAUUUUAGAAAACUUUUCAUGUGAUGUUAUUUCUUUGUCAUCAAAAUGAUUGUUCACACUGUCCAGACACCAUCCUAACCUUGCUCUUGUUAAAGAAGUUUAAGAAAGACUCUCAUAUUGUAAAUAUUUAGAUAGGGUCUCUCACUUUUCUUUGAUACUACUGAUUUUCAGCAAGUGAAUUAUAUAGUUCAAAAUGCUAGAAAUGUCUAUACGUUCUAUAAGAGAAAGCAUAUCCUGCCAUUCUUGCAUGCAGUGAAGCCCUGCCAGUCGAAAAUCAUUGCAUCUGUGACUUCCAAAGAGGAAAAAAAAAUGUUAUUUUUUGUUGAUUUGUAAAGAGAGUUUAAAUGUCAUGUGAAAAAAAUAGAAUGUAGUAAAAUUUUAUAUAUUUAUGAAAUAUUUGAAAGGCAUAUUUUUUUAAAUAUCAAACGGGGCUAUUCAUAAAAUAAAUUGAUUGUAUGUCAAGA